CUCUCCGCGCCGCGCACGCCGGGACUGGCCCUGCCCAGCGCCGCCGCUCUCCGGGCCGCGGUCCCGCAGGCAAGAUGCAGGACCCAGAGAAAGACACCGAGUGGAAUGACAUCCUGCGCAAGAAAGGUAUCCUUCCUCCAAAGGAAAACAGAGAAGAGCAGGAGCGUGCAAAGGAAGAGGAGCAGCUUGAAAUCCUUCAGAAAUCUCUUGUGAAAACGUAUGAGGACAUGACUCUGGAGGAGCUAGAAGAAAACGAGGAUGAAUUUAAUGAGGAAGAUGAGAAAGCUAUUGAAAUGUACAGACAGCAAAGAUUAGCAGAAAUGAAAGCAGCUCAAAUGAAGAAUAAAUUUGGAGAAGUUCUGGAGAUUUCAGGAAAGGAUUAUGUUCAAGAGGUUACGAAAGCUGGGAAAGGUAUAUGGGUAGUCCUGCACCUCUACAAACAGGGAAUUCCACUCUGUGCCUUAAUAAACCAACAUUUAAGUGGACUUGCGAAAAAGUUCAGAGAUGUGAAAUUCAUCAAAGCUAUCUCUACCACCUGCAUACCCAACUAUCCCGAUAAGAAUCUGCCUACGAUAUUUGUCUACCUUGAAGGAGACAUCAGAGCUCAGUUCAUUGGGCCUUUGGUAUUUGGUGGCAUGAACUUGACGAAGGAUGAACUGGAGUGGAAGAUCUCGGAGUCAGGUGCCAUCAAGACAGACCUUCAGGAGAACCCCAGGAAACAGAUCCAGGACCAGCUCAUGUCCUCCAUUAGGGCAUGUGUCCAAACCAGGGGAGAGAGUGACUCAGAGGAUGACUAACUCCUGCAUCAGCAUCAGGAUUGAUACAGUACACUUGCAGCCAGUGUUCCUGCCUGAAAGACUGGAGGUGCUCAUCAAGAUCUUCCUGAACCCCAAAGUGGAACAUUUCAAGACAGCCAUUUAUCUAGAAAUUUAAAGUCGGUGGUUUUUUGAUUUUGGUGAUGUGGGUGUUUUUCCUGAAAAAAAAAUUACUGCAGCUUCACUUGAGAUCGUGAAAGACUUUUUAUAUUACAAAGCCUGAAUAAAUCUUACUCCAAGUUUUAAAAUAUAGGUAUUGCUAGAUA